CCAGCCAACGACGGACAGCACACGAUGAACGUGAAUGACGCCAUGCAAAGCCAAAUGCAAAUGCCAUCCACCGCAGCCCCGAACGAUACCUACCCGCACCAGAUAACCGGGCUGGGAGGCCCAACAGCGACGGCCCCGUUUCUGCAGGACUUUAGUCUCGUUGCCGAGGCUGCCAAACGGGCGCAGAUGUCUGUUGUCAUGCGUGAUUUGGAG